UGCCAGUCCUGACAAAAGCUCCAUCCAGCCGUGCAGCAGAGGGCUGCUUGUUCUCAGAGACCCUCAGAGCUCCAGGACACCUAGUCCCUCUGCUGCCUGCAGCCCUGACAGGGAGACGGACCCUCAGCACGCCCCUGUCCUCCACCUCCUGGAGCUCUGUUUGGAUUACCAAUGGAUGGGAAAAACAGAGAGGAGUGUUUAAAGUGAGAAAGUUUGAGUGUUUAGGGUGGAGGAAACUUAGGAUCUGGUCAGGAUCUCAGCUGGAGGUCCGAACACGCAACAUAAGUGUGGCGCAGUUUGGAAAAUUCAACUUUAACUACCAACAUUUUUCUCUUGGAUUGGGAUCUUUUUAUUUGACCAAACUUGGAGGAAGAAUAUUGGGAACUUCACAACACCAGGCUGAUCAUUUUGUUCCCGAGUACAAAAUCUUUCUUGGAAUACUGUUGGAAUUGAUUUGAAUUUUGAAUUCUUUGUCAAAGGACUUUAUAGAAACAGGCCUAAUUCAACGGUUCAGGUGUGAAGUGGAACUAAAUUGUUUAAACUAGCAGGUCAUGGCUCCGUCACUCGUUUUUUUGCUGUGUCUUUACUUCUCACUGCAGUUUAUUCAUGCAAAGAGUGUUGAGCAACAGGACAAACAGCAGAGCAGUACCCAUAAAUCCUCCUAUAGUGUCCAACUGAAAGCUCUUCGGAGUGGCAAGCAGUUACAGACUGCAGAUGAUACCUACAACCCUGAAGAGAGCCGCCCUCUGCCUGACAUGGUGGACUUGGACCUGGACCGCCGUCGUCGCCUGGCCCGUGGUGCAGACGAGGAUGAGCAGCAGUCCACCUUCAGUCAUUCCUUUGAGAAUGAGUGGGUGACAACGCCUCAAGUCACAAAGUUCAGUAACACAACAAAGGUAGAAAUAACCAACAACCAUAGAGAUGAGACCAAUAUCCAUACAAACGCAUCCAACUCAGAUGAUGAAGGUCCAGGUCUCUUUAACCCGUUUUAUCCGCUGGCGAAGAGUUCGUAUGUGGCAUAUGUGGUUCUCUUCCUAGCCGGCCUGGUCCUGGCAGUGGGCGUGGUGGCCAACAUGGCUGUCAUGUGUGUCGUUUGGAACAACUACUACAUGAGAUCUGCCUGGAACUACCUGCUGGCCAGCAUAGCAUUCUGGGACUUCCUGGUCCUGGUGGUCUGCCUUCCAGUGGUGGUGCUGAACCACCUGUCCAAUAGGAGGAUCCUAGGUGACAUCACCUGCUGCAUGGUGCCGUAUAUGGAGGUUGUGUCCCUUGGAAUAACCUCGUUCACUCUGUGUGCCCUGGGUAUUGAUCGUUUCCAUGCCGCCACCUCCUCGCCCCAACCGAAGACCCGGCGGGUGGAACGCUGCCGCUCAGUGCUACUGAAGAUGCUGCUGGUGUGGCUCUCAGCUCUGCUGCUGUCCAGCCCAGAAAUCUUCCUCUGGCAGCUGAGCCAGGCGGUGUCACCCUCCACCAACAGGAUGGUCGACUCCUGCACCAUCACACCGUCCUCCCCCCUGUCCAUCUACCUGCCUGACUCUCUCCACUCCCUGCUGCUCAGGUACCACCAGGGUCGCAUGUGGUGGUGUUUUGGCUGCUACUUCUGCCUCCCCGUCCUCUUCACCAUCCUCUGCCAAAUGGCCACCCGCAACGUCAACAGCGACUCCAGCUCUGCCCAGAAACAGCGUAACCAUGACGACCGCUCCAACAGCCAGAAGAGUCAGCAGCAUCAGGCGGUGGAGCGGCAGCUGAACUGCACCUUGCUGGCGUUGGCAGUGGUGUAUGGUGUCUGCGCUCUGCCCGAGCACAUCUGCAACAUCACGCUGGCCUACAUGUAUAUCACCGUCUCUGAAGGCACGGCAGCCAUUCUGGCGCUGGUGCAUCACUUCCUGUUGUUCCUCAAGUGUGCAGUGACACCAGUGCUGCUGCUGUGUCUGUGUAAGGCUCUUGGUCAGGCCUUCAUGGACUGCUGUUGCUGCUGCUGUCAGGAGUGCCAGCCAACCACAGCCCAGGGUUCGCCAGGCUCCGCCCAGGUCAAACUGAAGGCAGCCAAUGAGACUUCCCUCUUCUUUGACAAGGCUAAAGACACGACGGCCAUCUUGUCCAUCUCCAGCUAGAGCUGUCUGUUCCUCUUCAGUUAUUACUCCGUGAAUCAAUCUCCUCCUGGUUGUUCAGACAUCUCUUAGUUAACUCCAAGGUUUCCUUCUUUUCCUAAAUGUUAACUCUUCUUCUUCUUCUUCUUCGUCUUCUGCUGCCGUCUACAUGAUCUCUCCACCCUUUUCCACAACCUUGAACUCAUCCUUCUUCUUUCUGAGCACACCUUUUCAGCCAGACCACUGUUUUGUUUGGGGACACCCUAGCUUCUUGUCUGUUCAGGAACAAAUGUUUAAUCAGUUAGAAAGUUGCUGUUGAGGCCUGUGUUGACAGCAUGAACCUGUUUCCAGGACUCUGACGAGACUCUUGCAGAAGGAAACACCCGCCACAAUCUGUAGAUCUAAGCUGUGAAGUUUUUUGUUCUUACUGAAGUAAAUUAAGUUAAAUUAGAGCAGUAGGUUUUACAAAUAUUUAGCUGAGUGAGGAACAUUAGGAUCUGCUGCUGGGAUGAGAUGUUGCUUUAAUAUGGAAAGUGUUUGAUAUUUGAUGACUUGGAUGUUCAACAAAUGCACAGUGGUGCGAAGGUCUACACAUCCUUGUUAAAAACUCCAGGCUAAUGAGAAUAAGAAAAGGAGAGCAUGAUGAGUCAUUUCAUCUAUGAUAUACAUGUAUAUCCUUUAAAACAGAUAAAAAGGUUGCAAAAACCUGGUUGCACAAGUGUGCUCUCGCUUGGACUAACACCUAAAUUUAAUGUCAGCAUUGUGUGUAUAUAUAUAUAUAUAUAUAUAUAUAUAUAUAAAACACCUCACAAUCUUCUUCCACUAGAUAGAGUUAAACUGAAUGCUGAAAACUCCAUUUAAAAUGUGUUUUGAUCAAGCAUUAUGUUGAGGUUGUAAACACUGCAUUCAGGUGUAAUCUCACCAGGGGUGUGUAAACUUUUAAGAGUCUCUGUAUUUAAAACCAUGGUUGUCAUAUUUUGCGGGGAUUUACUCAUAAAGAGCUGAAACAUGUUUUUAAAAUGUGACUUUGGUUUGAAACGCUCUUAAAAAACUGUUCUUUAAAGGAAGCAGAAGCUUGAAAAAAUGAAUUUGAACUCAUUUCACUGGAAUGGGGAUAAAAUAAUUAGCAACAGCUCAUUUAGUGCUAUACCUUUUCAAUUUUAUUUAGGUUAAAAACAUUUUUGGGUUGUAAAAGUUGCUCAUUCUGAAGAAAUUUGGUCAAAAGAUAAAAAUAUUUGGGAAAAAGUUCCAGGAAAACAUGAAAUGACUUGAAAUGAUUUGAAAGCUGAUCCGAAGCAGAUGACAGGAUGCAGUAGGGGUGUAACAGUUUGCAGAAAUUAUGUUUCUUGGCUACAAAAUUAUAGUUUCAGUAUUUUUGUUCUUUCAUUUUUCUCUUUUACACAAAUGUCUUGAAUUUUCUAGAAUAAGAAGAGUUUGAUGUUUCAGUAAAUGUAAAAAAUCAAACCUAUAAAUAGAGAAUUAAUAUCCAUCAUGAUGCAUAUUAAUAAAAUUAACUGUACCAA